AAACGUGAAAAAUUAUUUGUAAAUAUUUUGUUAAGCCAUGAGUCAACGUUUUAACAAUUCAACCGAAUAUGUACGACAAAGGAAUUUACCAACAAUACCAAUAAAUCCACUUAUCCGCCUAUUUGAGGUCAUAUUAAUGAAGCGCGAGUGCUACAUUAAUGAUUUAUGGGAAUUAGUGGGUCAUGAAACCGUAUCCAGCCGUGAUGACACGCGCGACAAAAUGGAUCAUGCUAUUGAAUGGCUUUUAAAACGACUAGUUGCUUUGAAUGUGCUAGCAUUUGGUGAACAUAUGGGUAUGCAAAUAUUACCUGAUUCUUUGAAAAUUAUACGUAUGCCAAAAAUUAUUAUUGGAGUUCUUAAAAAUAAUUUAGAGAAGCGAACAAUUUUAGUGUACGGUAAUCUUGAUGUGGAGGAAGCAUUGAUAGAGGACGGCUGGGUUACUGACCCAUUUGUUAUGACUGAGGUAGGAAAUUUUUUAUAUGGAAGAGGUGUUGCGCUCGAUAAAGGACCUCUCAUGUGUUGGCUGAACGCAAUUCAAGCAUAUCGUGAUGCUGGCCUAUGUCUACCAAUUAACAUUGUAUUCGUUAUUGAAAGUAUGGCACAUAGCGGCAGCUUAGGCCUCCAAGAUGUUCUACAACAGCGCAUAAGCUUUUUUCGAGAAGUAUCAUGUGUAGUAAUAGCUACAAGACGUUGGCAAAAUAAUAUUACUCCAUGUAUUGUAUAUGGUUCAAGAGGACUCGUAUACUAUAAUUUAGAAGUCGAGUGUGCCAAUAGAUCUCUAAGCAGCUGUGAGCACUGUGGAACUUUGUAUGAGGCACUACCGGAUUUAUUUUAUUUGCUUAGCGCACUAGUUGACUGUGAAAUGCACAUUCUUUUUGAAGACUCGAUGGAAACAUUUCAAAUAGAUCGAAACGUCUUUCGCUUUACUGAAUUUAACUACCAGGAGUUUGGUCAUUGCCUUGAUGUUCAAGAUCUUCCACAUAAAGCUCAAAAGCAAGCUGCAUUAGCUGAAAACUGGAUAGCACCUCACCUAUCCAUACAUGGGAUCGAAGGAGGUAAUACUGAAAGUAGUGCACGCUUUAUUAUUCCACAUAAGGUUAUCGGAAAGUUUUCAAUUUCAAUGCCACCGAAUCAAAAUUCUGAACAGAUAACCAAUGCCCUGCAACAGCAUCUUGGAGACAUGUGGGUACGGCGUGGCUCUCCAAAUAAAAUGAAGUUAUGUGAGAAAUUGGUAGUCCCCCCCUGGAGUGGAAGUUGUGAUACCCCUGAAUAUCAAGCAGCUUUUCGGGCAAUGACUCAUACUUAUCAGCUAAAUCCCAAUUUUAUUCGCGAUGGAGGUGCACUAUUAGCACCUUCUGUAAUUCAACACUGUUUAAAGAAAAAUGUGCUAGUCUUGCCUAUUGCCAGGAACGACUGUGGUGGAUCUCCUGUCAACGAAAGAAUCAGCGUACCCAAUUAUUUAAUGGGUACUCAGCUUAUAACAGCUUUUAUGUGGGAAUAUGCAAAGCGAAGUGUGGAGAGCCCAAGGAAUUGAUCUUGGAUGCUAUAAGUACCGUAGUGCACUGCCUAAUCUUUUGGUUUUUUUUCCAUGAGUUUAUAAAAUCAUG